AUGAUGUUCACCGACGUAGGUCUCGUCACUGGCGACAUUCAGCUCUCCCCUGAGGCGUUCUGUCUUAUCAUGACAACUGAAAUUUUAAGAUCAAUGCUCUACAAUGGCUCAGAAGUUAUUCAAGACUUAGAGUGGAUAGUGUUCGACGAAGUCCAUCGUAUAAAUAACGCGGAAAGAGGGCAUGUGUGGGAGGAGAUUCUUAUUAUGCUUCCAUCUCAUGUGAAGAUUGUGAUGCUACCGGCCACAGUCCCAAAUUGUAUCGAAUUUGCAGAUUGGGUCGGGCGUAUUAAAAAUCGGAAAAUUAAUGUGGUAUCUACUGUUAAACGGCCAGUACCUCUAGAGCAUUACUUAUACACAGGACAAGACGGGAAGACUAAAAAGGAUCUUUUCAAAAUUGUGGAUAUGAAUGGCAGCUGGCUAGAUGUGGGAUAUAAGAAGGCUUCGGAGGCGAAGAAUGCGUUGAUUAAACGCGAUGCUCCUUCCAGUCAAGGAAGAUGA